AUGUUUUCCACCAACCAGCAUGAUGAAAAUGACUGGCUUGUCGAGAAUUUAAUUUUUAUUGACACACCUGGAUUCAAUGGAUCUAUGAAUUGUGAUAUUGAAAAGUUUCGUGCCAACAUUGAAGUGUUGGAAUUUUUUUACAAACAAUCAUCGCUUGUUUUAUUUUUAUUAAGUCCUAACCAUCUAUUGAGUAUUGGUAAUUCUCUCUACAUGUUACAACUUACUAUUAUUGACCACGAUACUCGAGAAAAAUUGUACAAAAUUGUAUAUAAUCAACUUCAAUUGAAUAGCUCGACACCACAAGAAGAACAAUCGAAUAUGCAACCAUCGUCGAGUGGAGGUGGCAUAGUUUCCACUGUUGGAAAAACUAUUUUGGACACUCUUUUAAUGGGAUGCUACUCUGCUUUGGAAUCCAAUUUCAAAAGUGUUCUCUCGAAUGUGUAUGGAGGAAGUAGCUCAAAGUCUAAAGACACUCAAGAUUUCUAUUUUGGUAGUUCCAUUUAUGAAAAAUUAUAUUUCGUUAUUAACAAAAUAGUUAAAAAUCCCAAUUACAGCUAUUUUGAAUUAGGCUGUUCUAUUGGAAGAAAUUUUCGAUUUCUACCUUUGCUAACUGCCUCUCGAAUACUGAGUAUUGCAUGUCCAAAUGAAAUUAGAAAACAAAUGGCUUUUGCUUCAUAUAUAAGAAGAAGAGAUGUGAAUUUGAGUGGGACAAGUCUUGGAGAGUUGUCACAACUCGAGAAAAUAAUCAAAGCUUUAAAGGACGACAAGCAGGUACAAUUGAAUUACAUCAACCACAUUCAGUACAUUUUUGAGAAAAUAGAACAAAAGCAUCAAUCAUUGGGCUAUUACAGCCAGUACAUGCUCAGUACUGCCUUUGAGCGAGCCAAAAACAUUUGUAAUUUAUGGUAUCAAGUUCCACAAAACGGAGUUUAA